CUUUUACAAAACUUCAUACGCGACCAACGCGGGCACAGUGUUGCAUUCCACGCCUGUUCAUGGGGUGUUGAGGUGCGCACACACACACCUACGGAAAGACUUCACUCAUUACCUUAGUGGUGGGAGUCCGUCCACCUGUUGGGCUGGACCUCGGCGAGCGGCUCCCGUGGUCCCCCCGCCCCCCGCAUCCACCAACCGCCUCUCCGGGCGGCCGGCUACAACAUCGAUCCCGCGGCAGUGCCUGUGCCUUCCGGUCUCGCCGGUUCUGCAGAAACAAAACAAAUAUAAGCAUAAAAAGAUCCUGCAUCCAUCCAGCGCUGUGCCGCCAAAUUGCAAAGCCGUGCUUCGACAUUGUUCCGUGAUAAAUCCACGGGCACUGGACAGCCAAGGAACAAGCUCAACAACUGAUUAACUGGACGCAAAUGGUGGCAUCAAGAACAGCCGAACAGCCGCAGCCGCAAAGUACAUACCCCGACUUCCCCACUCCCCUCCGCCGUCUGCGUCGUUCGCAGAAAUACUAGUCUCCCAACGUCCUCGAAAAGGCAAACCCCGAGGACCGCAACUGUCCUCAACGGCUAUCACGGUUGUACUCACAAGGACUAGGCGCUUUGACAUCACCAAUCCUACCCCCUCCUUCUUCCGUCUGGAACAAGAGAAUUCAAGAACAGAACCCCCCCCCCGGUAGCUGGAUACAGCUUCAACGACUGCCAGUCCUUGAGGAUCAUCAAGUACUCGAAAAUCGCGCAUAAUCAUGUCGUUCGACGCAACUCUAGCCAAAGCCGUGCAAGAUGGUGUCAUACCCGGCGCCGUCCUCCUGGCCACCGACCGCUCAGGAAAGUUAAACUACCAAAAAGUCCUGGGCAGGCGAACGCUGAAGCCCGGCGUCGAGGACCCGCUGCGCCUCGACACCGUACUCACCAUCGCGUCCAUGACCAAGCUCCUGACCACGCUGUGCGUCCUGCAGCUCUCCGAGCGCGGCGUCAUUGCGCUCGACGACGACGUCUCCGAGCAUUUGCCCGUCCUCGCGGCGCUGCCCGUCCUGACUGGCUUCGCGGAUGACGGGUCGCCGGUCCUCGUGAAGCGCGACAGGCCCAUGACGAUGCGCCACCUGCUCACGCACAGCUCCGGCGCGGGAUACCUCUUUAUGGACCCGCGGCUGAAGCAGUUCGUCGAGUACACCAAGCCCAAGAAACCCAGCGGGACCAUCGAUGAGCUCUUCGCGCUGCCGCUCCUGCACCAGCCGGGAGAGGGCUGGACCUACGGGUGUGGAAUUACGUGGGCAGGCAGGCUGGUGGAGAAGCUGACGGGCCAGACUCUCGGCGCAUACAUGAACGAGAACAUCUUCAAACGACUGGGCAUCAGCCGCAUCACGUUCUUCCCCCAACAAGAUCCCGAGCUGCAAGGGCAAGUCAGCGACAUGACAUUCCGUCAAGACGACGGCGGGCUCCGGCCUGCACCCCCGGGCCUUGCCUUCUUCCCGCCGCUCAAGGACUGUCUCGGCGGCGAGGGCGCCUACGCAGACCUGCAGGAUUACUUCAAGGUCGUGCGCUCGCUGCUGGUCGAUGACGAGAAGCUGUUGAAGCGAGAGACGACGCGAUUGAUGUUCCAGCCGCAGCUGCCGACGCAGCAGUCACGGGACGCGCUCCGUGAAACGUUUGAGGCCGCGACCUGGGCCGUGGGCGACUUUUCGGGCCCCAAGGAGUUUGACUGGGCUUACGGCGGCCUGCUCGUCGUCGGAGACAAGCACCCCAUUCGGAGAAAGGGGUACCUGUGCUGGAGCGGAGCAGCCAAUCUCUACUGGUUCAUUGACCGCGAUGCUGGCAUCUGCGGGGUCUGGGGCACGCAGGUUCUCCCCCCGGGCGAUGAGACAGUGCGUCCACUGAUAGGAGCUUUUGAGAGGCAUGUCUAUGCCAUGGCUAAUGAGGUGGUUGGUGGCAACCGGAGGAUGUCAAAGUGGUGAAUGCUGCGGUUCAUGGCGCCAGGAGCCGUUGAGGCCUGACGCUGCGGACGAAGUACCAAGUACAGUAUACUAAUGUUCGAGCCAAUCACGCGACUCCCCCUUCGUAUACUAGCCUAUUCGAACGACGCUUUUUGGGAUGGGG